UGCGGUGUGAAAACGUAAAGAGCGCGGUGUUGUCGCUGCUCCUUUGACACACAGCGAGUCUGCGCGUGUUCCGUCCGUGUGCGUGCGAGCGCGCGCGCGCGCGCGCGCGCGUAUGUGUGUGUCUGUGUGUGUGUGUGUGUGUGUGGACUCGCUAUUGCGUACGUCCUGGUGACGCAGGGACCGAGGUGGCGCCUCAUAUAACGGGAGGCGCUGUCCGGUGCUGGAGAGAGACCACCCGAGCGCGCGCACAGAACGGACCAGGGGGGAUGCUCUGCACGCUCGCCACUCUGCUCCUCAACUAGUUGUAAAGGCAGUACGAUGCUGUCGCUCCCCAAGCUUCCCACAGCCGGAGCACUGUUCCUGCUCACCACCCUCCUCCACGCAUGCGGCGUUUUGGGUGCCUCCCUGCGGGGGCCCAAACUGCGGGGAGACGAGCCCGAGGGAGGUAGCAACAGCCCCUACCUGGUGCCCAGUGCCGACAUGGUCAAGGCCUUGGAGUACAUAGAGAGUCUGCGACAACAGACGCGUGGCAACCAGGGACCAGCCCUGGACUACGACGAUCUGAGUCGACUCCGCUCCCUGCUGCCGCUGGCCGCCGCCACGCCGAAGCAGGACGAAACAGGCCCCGACGAGGCUGCCGGCUGGCCGGACGAGCGCUCCCAGCAGUGGCUCAAGGCGAUGCUGAGGACGCUCCAGCGAGCGGGGAAGGAGCCCAAGGCUGCGGCAGUAUUGCCCAGCUCACGCUAUGUGCUUGGUAACAGGCAGCGACCGGAGGAGGAGGAGGAGGAGGAGCAGGAAGAGGAGGAAGAUGACGACAACCUGCCAGGAGAUGGGGCAGAUUAUGAGGGUGGCCCCUGGCUGGAGCCUGGCAAGCCACCAAAGAAGAAGUACCCGCUGAUGUUUGAGGACGAGGACUCCAGAGAGAGCCCCUACAAGCGCACCAACGAGAACGUGGAGGAGCAGUACACUCCACAGAGCCUGGCCACCCUGCAGUCGGUCUUUGAGGAGCUGGGCAAGCUGUCCGCCCCAAAGAGCCACAAAAGGCACAGCCUGGGCGAGGAGCAGAGGAUCUACAGGGGUGACAGCGAUGACAUCUACAGGGCUAACAACAUGGCCUACGAGGACGUCACCGGGGGUGAGGACUGGACCCCGGUGGAGGAGAAAGUGGAGACGGAGGAGGAGGUCAAAGGCAGCAGAGAGGAGAUCGACAGGGGCUCGGAGGAAAGCGAUGGCAACACCGCUAAGCGGUCAAGCCCACCGGCGAAGUACGACGACAAGGAAGAGCCAGACAACUUCACCAAGCUGGUGGAUUACUACUUGCUGAAGAUCCUGGAGAAGUCCGAGCAAGCGGAGCACAAGAGGGAGGAGCUGAGCGCCGAUAAGAGAGUGGCGCCCGCUUCGUACGACGUCAAUCCGCAGGCCAUCUACCAGCUGAUUGACAUCUCCAGGAAAUUACAAAUCCCCCCCGAGGACCUCAUAGACAUGCUGAAAAGCGGGGAGAUCAAGCCGCAAGACAAACUGCUGGAGGCAGAAGAGGAGGCAGAGCUGCCGGACGACCUGGAGAGAGCCGAGGACAAACUGAGACGCGUCUCCUCUUACGGCAAAGACAGAAAUCCCAGCAAAUUUUACAACAGAAGACUGCCGGAGAUGGUAGCCAACGACCUCCCUAGCGACCUCAAUACAGAAGACAUAUUAAAUAUUCUCGGGCUGGAAAGUCAGGGCAACCUGAAAGCAAAGCACUUGCUGAAGCAAAAGCAGGCUAAAAAUACCCUGUCGAGAUACUACGCCCCCAGUGGAAGGCGAGGAGAUUUCAUCCUUUCGGAACCCAGCGUGUCCGAAAAGAGGAAAUCGGAGGACGAAGACGCCGUUGACGAAGACGAGCUGGCCAGUUACCUUGCGGCCAAGAUGCUGGCCCAGUACCCCAAGGUGCUCAAGAAAAUGGACCUCAAGAGGACCUCUCAGCCGUCGUCCAAGGAGCAGCAGCUCGCUUUCGAGACUCUGAUGCAGGAUUACUUUGACCAGACAGGCUCCGAUAAAAACCCACCGUCCAGGAGGAUGUCGGAGCCCGACCGCACGGGAGACUCCCCCCAGGGGCCACACCUGGAUGACGACACGCUGCUGAAAGUGCUGGGCUACCUGAACCCAGAGACUGGAGAGAACGAAGACAGGGACCUUUACGGGAAAACGGUAGCUGGAAUGUAGGGGGCGGAGAUUCACACGUCACAUUGUUUUAAUGACAAAAAAAUAUUUUGGCAAAAAAAUGCAAGAGAUUAGAAGUACUUCAUCUAGUUAAGUUGGAUAAGCUGUUUACAGAGUCUAAUUUGUUGUAUUAGGAAUUUUACAAAUAUAUUUUAUUUGUUGUGGUUGCAGAGUUUGUGGUAUUUGAUAUGUUUUAUCAGUUAUGACAACUCCUCCUGGACACCUGAGACUGAAGAGCUUUACCUGCCAUGCCAUACCUGCCGGAGCGCACAGACACGCCAAGACCAGUCAGUGUUGGACUCACUCGGGCCUGUUGUUCUCCUUCGGACCAUGUUUCCUACGUGUACUCGGUAAUGUGCUAAGUAUAUGAAAUUAAUAAAGCAUUUACUGGUA